AUGGCCAGCCAUGUGAAGAAAGAGAGAGGACUCCUAUGUGUUAAUAGCUCCGGCGAGGGGGAGAAGAAGUCCGAGGAAAGGUUGAGUGUUAAGAAGCAGGUUGGCUGGAGUUGGGGGCUGAGGAAAUCAAAAACUUGUCGAGAAAAUGCUCAGUAUGGUGGAGAGAGGGUGGUGGAGGGAGGACGAGGAGGAGGAGGAGGAGGAGGAGGGGUGGUGGUGGAGGCGAGGAAGUCAGUGUCAUGCAUAGAGACGAAUGUGUCGUCGGUGGCGGCAUUUCUUCAAGUGAAGGUGUUGGUGACGGACAUGCCUGGAUUCAUGCAGGUGCAUGCUUUUAGGUGUGCUCGCCGGACUUUUGAUAGCUUGGAGAAGUUCAGCUCUAAACACAUGGCUUAUAACAUCAAGAAGGUUCUAAUAUUCACAACAUUUUAA